GCAGCAGACAAGACAAGACGGGAAACACCCGAAUCAUUCGCUGUUUGAAUGGCGGCUGGUUGUGCCACCGUCAUCCUCCCCAUUCCUCAAUUACGAACAGUGUAAAACUAUACUGCAUAGGAAACAGACAGAGUCGAGGUGAAUGCGUCAAUGUGUUAGCUCCCAAUCAUCGUUUGAACAAACCUGCGACGCUCGCUGUGGAUAAUCCCUUCGGCGGUGAAUUAGCAAGCAAGCAGUAGCCUGGAUAAAUGCUGCCGAUACGAUGAUUUCUUCGCCAGUGAGCAUCUGUCUGUAGGUGUUUUCUUACCUGUAUCGGGUACUCGGACACUGUGAAGUGUGAAGUGUGAUGGCCAAUGUACUGGUUCACUACCAAGGGCAAGCACGACCAGCCGAGGAGGGCAGACACGAGGAAGAUUUGGUGGAGGUGGCUCCGCAUGACUGUGCUCAAUCUUCAUCCCUAGAGAAGAGAUCUGUGACAUCUACACACACGCCAGCAGCAACAGGAGCAGCUCAGGGUGGUGGUGGUGGUGGUGGUGGUGGUGGUGUUGGUGGUGGUGGUCAUAUAUCACACAGACAUUCCACUCGAAAGUCCACAGGCAAUGCCAUCCAUGCAAGAACCGUCAACUUUCCAAGCAAUGCAAAACUGAUAGGUCCCAUUCAUCACCUGCCAUCAAUUAACUCUUCCCAGUCGGCACACCGAAGAACCCAGCGCUCGCUCAGUGUUGAUAAUUCCGUUGUGGAAAACCGUUCCAGGAGACACACCCUGCCCGCUUCAACUCCGCCUGCGACAUGGAUGAACAGUGCAGGCGCAAUGAACUCCAGUGUGGCACCACCUCAUGCUACCACAACAUCUGCAGCUUCAAGAUAUCAGUGGGUGCCGAAUACUGACGGUACAGGCGGUGUCUAUAACAAGAGGAGCUUCUGGAAUUUACACCGUGCUACCCACACGCGAUGCCCAUCAGCAGCCAGCACCAAAGCAUCAGUGGCACUGCAUAACCAGGGCAGUCAUCUCUCCUUGCACCAGUCUAAGCCAGUACAUGAACAGGAGCUUGGAAACUAUGUGACGGUGACUCAGCCGCUCUCAAAUUCGUCAUCGGUUGAGUCACACUGUCCCAGACAUAGCCGAGCAAGGACCUGCCCAGGCUCAUUCUCUGAAUACUUUAUGUGCUUCAAACCACACCGGCCAUUGCAGCACGUCUCGUCAGCAGGCUCGGCGGGGGUUUCCCCUUCCGAACGAGCAGCUCUAGCGCAUGCGACGCAUCACUCACGUCCUGAUCACUCGGUGACAUCAUCACUGCGCAUCCAGCACUUAGAUACGCCACCGCACUUAGCAGCUUCAAGCUCCUCACGCUAUUCCUCAGCGGCUCGGCACAAGGCUGGCCGCCAUUCGUCGAUGAAGCAGCGGAGCACCGUGCGGUUUGCCGACGGCGAUCCGCGUGUGGAUUCAGUCAUCUCCAUUCAGCCCAUAGCGCGACCAUGCACCCCUGCAGCUGGUAUGUAUACUCGGCGUGUUGGUGGUGCUAAUGGUGAUAACAUGAAUGACGAUGAUGAUCAUGAUGAUAAAGAUGACGAUGAUGAUGAUGGCAAUGAGCAAGAUAACAAUGAUCCUGAUGCUACUCUUACUGCAAUACAAUGAACCUCAGUGAAGAGACUAAGAUGAACUCUGAAAGUCUCAAUGCUUUGGAGAUACAGUAACACACUACCCUCACCAUGAAGAAGAAACCCCGUGACCAUGGAUCUUGUGUCACUGACAGAGGUAUAGCAGCCGGUCCGGUCAGUCCAGCUUUGGCCGGACCACUUUUUCGCCCGACCACGGCCCAAAGUGCCCAGAAUGCAGGAUUUUGCACCCUAAUUUCAAUUUUUUCCCGGGGGACACCCCCCCCCAAUUCGCUCCUGCUGGACCACCUCCAACGGCGGUGCUAUGCACCUGCUGAUCAUUGCAUUCUAGUGAUAUUGACGUUGAAACCAUUGCGUCCCGACUUGACACAACCUUGAGUUCUGCGAAAAGCAAUGAUGAUCUAGGUGAGGGUGAUAACAAAGAACAGUGAGGGUGAAGUGCAUAGGACAGGAGACCCGCCAAUAACCGAAACGUGAUGCAAGCUUUGCGGAAUCAAACAUAUAAUUAUUACUUCAUAUCAGUACAGUGUCCAUCAUCUGCUGAGCUCAGAAGUCUUUUGUUGAAGUAAAUUAUCAAACAGUAAUCUUAUCUCAAUGCCCAACUAGAAAUUCUAUUUAUGCAGAAUGAACUUUUAAAUUGCUUUAGUACUUGAGGAGAUAGUAUGCGUUUGUAGAAUUAUAAUAAUAUUUAUCGCAGCGCAGUGAGCAGUGGAUAUGGAUAACGUUAU